UCUGUAGUGACUGCAGUUCUCCCCUGAGGUGUCUUCUAACGGCUGUCAGUCAGUCAGUGUGAACCAGUUAUUUGAGGGAACUGCCUCUCCUUCUGUCAUGAUUGCAGCAAGCAUGACUCCUGUCCUACACAGUGUCCAACAGUGGCAUUUGGAGAGUUUAGGGACAACAAGCCCCAGCUCAAAUCAGACACCAGAAAUGUUGCACACACGAUUCAGUUCUUGGACACCUCUUGAAAACAAAUCUCUUAACAAGCAGCUCUUUCAGGAAAGAGUCAGGCUUAUAAGCCACUGGUUUGACAUGUGGAAUGACAAGCAGCGUAACCAGUUUCUCCACUGGAUACUCUUGAAAUGCAGUGUGUCACAGUUGAAGUUUGUUGGAAACUGGUUUCUAGAAAACACACCAGUGGUCAAAGCAGACUUCACAACCUUGCUACCACGUUUCAUAUCUUUGUACAUAUUCUCCUUUUUGAGCCCCAAGGAUCUAUGUGCAGGAGCCCAAGUAAACUGGCACUGGAAGUUUAUAACAGAACAGGAUUGCCUGUGGAUGCCAAAAUGCAUUCGGUUUGGAUGGUUUCUUCCCUACAGUCCUGCACAAAAUGAAUACAGCGCUUGGAAACAUCAUUAUAUAGCCUGUGCAAUCCACCUGAAUGGCUUAGCCCCCAGGGGAACCAAUGAAACAUAUGAGGCUCUCAAUGUACCUCAAACAGAAAACACAGAGCAAAAAGAAAAAAGAUGUGAAAAAUGGCUACAAAAGAUUGCUCAAGAGAGACUGGCACUACACAAAAAGGAGUUGCUGAAAACUCGUCCACCUUGGCUAAGUGGUACACAGAGUUCCGGAUUUUUCAGACCGGGAUUUCAACCAUAUUUGUCACAAACGAUCCAUGGCUUAGUUGGAUCCCCAGAAGCAUUGCUACUAAUGAAGAAAAGAGUGUCCUCAAACUUUAUACUUUCAGACCAAGUUUACAAAGAAGUCAGAUCUGUACCAAACUUCAACCUGGCGACUGAGAAGCAUAUUGUGUUAGCCUCCUUAAAAUCUAUGCCAAAAAGGAGGAAUGUUGCUGGGAGUGAUUGUUACCCAGUCUUACCUCACAAAUGUCAUCUAACUGUUUCCCAAAGAUAUGUCAAUAAAGCACAUCUUCAUCCACACCUAGUCUUGAUAUCAUCCCAAAUUCCAGCUUAUGAGAUGCUUGUGAACAGUGUUAAGCCUGGAGUAAUCCCUCUAGUAUAUGAAUACUGUGGUACAACGUUGGAAAACCUCUUUAAUUGUAUAGAAAAAGAGUUGGAUAGCCAAACAGCAAGGAGUAUUGGAAUUGUUAGUGAUGGAGAUUCCAGAAGGAUUAAUUUACUUCGAGGCUAUAAAAUCAGCACCAAGGACCUUCUUACUCCUGAGAUAAGAGAAUUUUGGAAGAAGUUAGGAAGCUGUGUUACCUCUCAACAAGAAGGUGGCCAUAUAGACAUUUUUCUUCCUCUAGCAGCAUCAGAGGCAGGAAAGGAACUCCUUACCCAGCUGUCUGAUCUAACUGGAGCAUUCCUCAGAACUCCCACUGGCAUAGCAAGUGGAUCGUAUCAGCACAUUCUCGGUGAAUGGCUGGGAUAUGAAAAAGACAACAGUCCACCUUCCCUGUACUUCACUGAAGUAAAACUGCAAAUGUGGCUGAGAAUGACAGAACUCUUAGAAGAUACAUUGAAGACUAUCAGGAAGCAGCUGAUACCAUACUUGAAGGAUUUGCAGAAGGAAAUGACUGGCAGGAUUAUUGGUCAGAUUGUAUUUGAUGCUUUGAACUGGUCUGAAGUUCAAGACAACCAGGAAAUAGCUAAGUUUUUGACUGAUGGACUAAUGGAACUCUCAAGUGGAAACUAUGAAAACCCUUUGGAAUUUUUAUCACAUUUUCUGUUAACGAAACAUAAUAAGAACAAAGACCUCAGAAAUCAGGUUUUUUUGACUGAAUGCAAUCCAGAAGCAAGUGUCGGCGCAUCCAUUAAGAAUGGGAAACUUCAGGAGAACACACCAGAGAAACGAGAGAGAUUUGCCAGAGAACUUCUGAUCAGUGAGAAGAAUUAUGUCCAUGUACUGGAAAUUAUAAGAGAUGUUUACACUAAGCCACUGAAAGCAGCGUUAGCAUCCAAUCGACCCAUCCUAAGCCAUGCCAAUGUUCAGAUAAUCUUUUCUGAUAUUUUGGACAUUUUACAACUCAAUAGGUGGUUUUUGGCAAAGCUAACACAAAGACUUAAGGAAUGGAGCCCAGUCCAAAACUUAGGAGACAUACUCAUUAAAUUUGGCCAGCAGUUUCAAAUAUAUUCAAACUUCUAUAACAAUUAUGCAGUAAUUCUGAAAACAAUCGACCAGUACAGGGAAACAACUCCACUGUUCCGUGCUUUCUUGAAGAGGCAUGAUAAGACCGUUGAUACUGGCAUGAGGAGCCUACAGGAACUUCUGCUGUGCCCGUCUAAGAGGUUUGAAGAGUACAUUGUGCUCCUGCAUGCUUUGAGGCUUCACACUCCAACAGAACACACUGACCAUGAAGACGUGACUUCUGCAAUUAAACAAAUGCGUCAAUAUAAAGAUUACAUAGAUCAGCUAAAGCAAAACAUGGGCAGAGAUGAUCAGAUACUAACUACACAAAGACUCAUCCAAGGAUGUCCUCAGUUAUUAAAAGCCAACAGGUAUCUAAUUAGGACACAAGAUGUAGCUCAGCUGUGCUGCUGUUCUGAGAAAGUCAGUGCUCCAUUCAGACUCUAUGAACACACCCAUGAUCUUAGCCUUUUCCUUUUCAACGAUAUACUUGUUAUUGCUCGACGUAGCAUCUUUCAUAAGCCUUUUGAAUGGAGCCCAAAGAUGACUCUCCAAUUCUUGGAGGUGGUGGCGCUUCAUCAACUCUUUGUUGAAGAUAUUCCAGAGUCCAAAUAUAUAAAGAAUGCUUUUCUUCUACAAGGACCAAGGUAUCAAUGGAUUUGUUCUACAGAGGAAGUCAACAAAUUUCCAUGGCUUUCUACACUGCAAAGAGCAAUUACCUGUAGCAUUGAAGAAAAUGGAUUUUAAGAUUUACCGAAGCCAGCAACUCUGAAACAAAACAUGAGUCUAUUUCCAAAUACCUUUACUUAAAUCUAUUUUAACAAAUAACUUUAAGUAGAUGUCAUGAAAAAGUUGUGUUUGCAUAGGAAAUCCAUUAACUUUCAAAAUUAAAACUAUGUCCAUGGAAGGACUGAAACUUCCUUUCAAAAUGGUUGUUUAUGCUGCUUCUGAAUAUAGAACAAAGAAAUAGUCUUUUAAAUUCUAGACUGACACCUGACCUUGAGUCACUGUUAGAAAGAUGGCCUCACCAGUGGUGGGAUUUAAAUAGUUUAACAACCGGUUCUGGUGGUGGGAUUAAAAUAAUUUAACAACUGGUUAUUUACAAGCACCAUUUUAACAGUGGUGCGAACCUGCUGAAUCCCUGCUGAAUCCCACCACUGGGCCUUACCCCCAAGCCUGAUGAUGCUGGAGAAAAUCUUCACUGUGCCAAUAGUAUUGAAGCAAAGGGCAGCUGGGUGACCAAUAUCCUCAAUGUUGCCUUCCAAAAACAAUCAUACCUAUUACAUACCUCUGCCAACAUGGGAUGUUCUAUACUAUGGCAGUACCAAGCAAACAAGUUCUGCAUGACUUACUGCAUGGCUGAAAAUACAUUUUUCUCACAACCUGAACAUAAUGGAAUUUUUCAAUAUCAACAAUACAGUAUGUUUACUGUAAUAUUCCUUAUACAAUGCGUACAAAUACGUUCCUUAUACAAUGCGUUCCUUAUACAAUGCGUACAAAUACAUAUUAAUGUACUUACCAAAGUGAUUUCUGUGUGUGUGUGUGUGUGUGUGUGAGAUAGAGUUUUCAAGGCAAAGUUGGUUUGCCAUGGCCUGCCUCCACAUGAGAUGAGAGAAUUCUAAGAGAAUUGUAACUGGCCCACACUCACCCAG